AUUAAAAUUAAUAAAUAAGAAGGAUUUCCUUUCGUGAAUUAUCUCACCAAACCUCAUGAGAUCUUCUUCUUUUGGUUCUUGUAGUUGCAAAGAAUUGGGGGGUACUCCGGAUCUCGAGUCUUCGCUUCGGUUAUCCUGCAAGGCUCCGAGGUUGGUCUUCGGGAUGAACACUUUGAUACCUAAAUCAGCAAUAAUCAGAACUACCAGUUAUGGAACGAGAGUUAGAGCUAGGUUUAAGGGGACGAGCUCGAGUUUGAUCGAGCUCGUCACCCUUCAAUCAAGUCAAGGUAGCGAGAUGCUAGGAGCUGUUCCGGCCGUUCGAGAUUGUGCACCUCGGACAAUUGUGAGGUACAUGAUCUCUAACUACCUGCAUGUCUCUAUCUCAUGACCUCAGUUUGUCCACGUAUCUCUGAUAUCUCAUUACCUCUGUUUACCACCACUACAGUUUCUAUAUGUUUAAAAUAUACAUUAAUUGCACUU